UUCUCAAUCCCAAACUCACACACACACUCCACAUGCUCCACACAAAAGUAUUGUCUGCCCAGGACCAUCAAACCAGCAAGGCAGUCAGGUAGCUGUGUGCUACACUGUGUAUCACACUUUUUUAAUGUCCCAGCUUUUUUAGAGCCCAUGGAGGCCCACUGCCCAUCCCGCUGCUAACAGAGGCUUUCACUGAACAAGUGGAUUAUUAUCAGACAAGAACACACUGCAGCUUUGUGAACCUUUUUCAUGACGAUGUUUCCUUGGUCGGCUGUUUUCUCCCUUGAGCCCAAAGUUCCUGGGCACCGCAGCACUGAGGAGCUGGUGACCAACACACUGAUGCUGGAGCUGGGGGCCAUGGUGAAACGCACAGAGCGUAUCCGUUUGGAGAGGGCAACAGAGGGUCGGCGCCGGCGCCGUAGCUCUUCCUCCACUGCUGACUACAGCUGGCUGGCCAACAACCCGACCCCACAGCCCUAUGAGCUGACCCCAAAUGACCUGCUUGAGCUGCAGGACCUCUGCGCCAAGAUCCCACCUUCACAGUGCGGCCCUGUGAUUGUCAGAUUCAGGAAACUUGUGUCACAAAUGGAGCCUGAAGUUCAUGAGGUUCCUCGUCUAUUUCGCACUGUGUUGCGCGAUUGUGUGGAUGAAGUAAGUGGAAACGAAGAAGUGCAUCCUCAGGACCAAGUCUAUGAAAAGCAACAGCGCAGCAAAAGCCUCUCCUUUGACACAUUCCGCACUAAGUUUCGCACAGGGAACCUAUUUAAAGGCAGCACCAUGAGAGGUUCCAAAGGGAAUCUGCAGCAGCAGGUGGAUUGGUCCGAUGAGGAGGACAGUGGAGAAGAGGAGGCCAUCAAUGCCAGGGCGAGGAAGGGAAGGAGCAAGAGCAUGCCAGAGAUCACCCCAAUGGAGCAGAGCGCCCAAGGGUGAAAGAGAGGGGGAGAGGCAAGCAGGGGGAGGAUAUUCAGAGGGAGAGGAGAGAGGGGGUCUCUGAGGAAUAAAGAGGGAGGGGGAGUAAGCACAAAACUGAUGGUCAGCAUAAAGAAGAGAACAGGGAAUGUUUACCAAAAAAGGAGGUGGAAGGAGUUUUGUAGCCAUUUUGACCUCUGAAAAGAGGAAGGAAUAACUACAGAGAUGGUGAAUGAGGGUUAACAGUCAAUAAACUUGUUUACUUACAAAUAACUGUACUAAUAUGAUGAGUUCCUAAAUGGCAGCUCAUGCUGACUUUGACGUAAAAUUGCACUCUCUUUAAAAUCAUGUUAUGUAACAGGCAGAACAGCUGUCUUGUACAGUAGAGGAGCAGGGGGAAGGUUCAGCUCAGGCCCACAUCUGUAUAUAUAAGCAAACAAAGUCUAGCUCAGUCGUAAUUUAGUAUAUUGAUCAAGCAAGUUCUGUAAGUGGGGAAUGACUAGAAACAUAAUAAUGGUAUUUUUUAUUAUGGAUACGAAAUUGCAUGGAUUUGAGGGCAUGUACUACAAUGUUUGCAUUCUUUCUGUGUGAUUAAAAUAAUGGCUUUUUUCCAUAAAAAA